AUGGAGUCAAACCCCUGGAAGCGCAUGUCAAGCGUGCUAAUAGGGCUGCUCGCCGCAAAGGCAGUGUACUCCGCCCCAACUCCGACUUCCUCGGAAUCGGCCACUUUCUCUGAAAAGACCCAAUACCCGCCGUCAAUCCAAGGCGCAAGGAUCUUGUCACCACAGACUGAAGGUGUCUACCAUACCGAGCUUGAUCGUGUAGGCCAUAUACUACAAAAGCCUACUGCCAUCCCCUCUUCGGCCGGAAGAUUCCAGGCUGUACCGCAUAUACUUGGCAGUGUCGGCGAGCCUUAUCCCCUUCUUGGUUCGCUAUUUCCCGAUCAGGACUCAUCUGAGGACUCUGAACCGGAGCCGUCGGCGUCGUCUGAUAUCACAACGCCCAGCUCUACUGCGACACACGGCGUUCUUGAGGAGCCCACUGCAGCCAGCGAACCAUCUGGCGGGCAAGAAUCUACCUCGCAAGCAAGCACAUCAGCAACACAAGUGGUUCAAGGCACAAUGGCAGCGAGCCAGGAUGCGUUUGUUCCAGGCGCAACCGGCGCGGUUCCCCAAGAGAUCACCCCACGGGAUGACCAUCCAGUCCCCAAGAAAGGAGUUAACUCCACGAGCCCAAUUGAGACAAACAAAUUCCACAGCGCGCUUUUUUUAGGAACGCAGACUAACGCCACCUUUACGCACCCUUACACCCUGGCAUGGUCUAAAGGCAGCGGAAAUCUGACAAGCUUCGGCAUGACUGUCUCCCACGCUGAAGCGAAUGUCGUCGCAAACGGCCCGACAAAUGACAAGAUACCAGGAAACCCAAUUUCAUACUACAUCAAUCCAAUUGGGAUCCAGUCUAUCAUAUUCUCGGCUACUGAGCUUACUCAAUCUACAGUACUCACCUCGGAGAACCCCUCGCCUUUCGCGGCCGAUGCUGUCCUGCGGCCGCAACCCGGGUCUUCCUCCAAAAUUACUAUCCCCGUUGUUCAAGGCAUGGCAUAUGUGAGCGCAGUCUACACUCAGCUUCAGCCAGUGAUUCAAAGCGGUAUCCAUUUCCGUGAAGUAGUAACCGCUGCUCCGCCCAGGAACGGCAUCUUCAAAUAUCGCGCAACGCUCGAGGAUGGCGCUGUUUGGCUCAUCUAUGUUAACCCAGGCGACGGAAAAGACCCUGGCCUCAAGCUGGUAUCAACUACUGACUUGCGAGGCCCUACUGGAUGGUCAGGCACUAUCCAGGUUGCGAAAAAUCCGGCGGGGUCUUCUGGGGAGAGUCUGUUCGAUAACUCAUCCGGUGUCUACGCCACCGCGGCAGCUGUUUCUGGAGGUGUUGACGGACAGACUGGCACAUAUCGCCUCUCCUGGACCAAGGCUGGCAAGGAUGCUCCAAGCACACCUCUGAUGAUGUAUGCUCUACCUCAUCAUGUUGCAGCGUUCGACUCUCAAACCCAAGGGCGCGCUGUCAACAUCACACUUCGCACCACCACAAAGGGCACUGCGAAGGCUGUCAUCGGAGAAUCUUGGACCAUGGUGGAACCCGAUCUCCCAACUGGUAUGGGUUUCGGCCCUUGGGUUGCGGCCACGGGCAACUCCCCCGAACUUAGCGAUGCAUCCAAAUCAGUCAUUCGAGAGGCUGCUACUACGGAGCUCAAGCAGGACAUUGACGGCCAGAGCAACCUGAACAGCAUGUACUACAGCGGCAAAGCCCUGAGCAAGUUCGCGACCAUCAUAUAUACCGUGGACAAGCUCGCAGGUGAUAGCGCCACGGCCGCACCUGCUCUUGACAAGCUGAAGCAGGCAUUUGCCCGCUUUGUGCAGAACAAACAGCAGUUCCCAUUGAUCUACGACACUGUGUGGAAGGGCGUAGUAUCCUCCGCAAGCUACGGUGGUGAUGAGGGUGCUGACUUCGGAAAUACCCUCUACAACGACCACCACUUCCACUACGGAUACUUCAUCCAUGCGGCUGCAAUCAUCGGUGCCCUUGACCCCAGCUGGAUCGAUGCGAACCGUGACUGGGUUAACAUGCUUGUUCGCGAUUCCGGCAACGCAGCAACCAACGACCCUUUGUUCCCCUUCUCCCGCGGCUUCGAUUGGUACCACGGUCACUCGUGGGCCAAGGGCCUCUUCGAGUCUUUCGACGGAAAGGACCAGGAAUCAUCCUCGGAAGAUUCCAUGUAUGCGUACGCGCUCAAGAUGUGGGGAAAGACUAGCGGAGAUGCGAGCUUGGAAGCCAGAGGCAACCUGAUGUUGGGCGUCUUGCGCCGCAGCUUCCACAACUACUUCCUCAUGGACAGCGACAACGUCAACCAGCCCGCCAACUUCAUCGCCAACAAGGUUACCGGAAUCUUAUUCGAGAACAAGAUCGACCACACCACCUACUUCGGUGCCAACCUCGAAUAUAUCCAAGGAAUCCACAUGCUCCCCCUCCUCCCCUCCUCGUCCUACACCCGCAGCCAGAAAUUCGUGCGUGAGGAGUGGGACGCAAUGUUCGCAUCCAACGCCUCCACCCCGGCCGAAAAGGUCGAGGGCGGCUGGAAGGGCGUCCUCUACGCAAACCUGGCUCUCAUCGACCCAGCCGCUUCCUGGAAUUACUUCGCACAGCCCAACUUCGACUACGGCACAAUUGAUGGUGGGGCGUCACGGACGUGGUACCUCGCAUUUGCUGCAGGACUUGGCGGUGGCUCUGCCUCGUAG